AGUUGAACUAUAGCAUUGCAGGCUUUCAGACGUCUCCAGCUUAAGUAUAGAAAUGGGCAAAUUGGUAUUGUACGGUGUGGAAGCAAGUCCUCCGGUGCGCGCUUGCAAGAUGACCCUGCACGCUCUUGGUCUGCAAUACGAGUACAAGCUGGUCAAUAUCCUGGCUGGCGAUCAGCGCAGCAAGGAGUACACUCUGAAGAAUCCACAGCAUACGGUGCCCAUGCUGGAGGACGAUGGUAAAUGCAUCUGGGACUCGCAUGCUAUAAUGGCUUAUCUGGUACGCAAAUACGGCAAGGAAGAUUCGUUGUAUCCCAAGGAUUACUAUAAGCGAGCUGUAGUGGAUCAACGGCUACAUUUCGAGUCGGGCGUUGUCUUCCAAGGUUGCAUAAGAAAUAUUGCUGCGCCGAUCUUCUAUCGCAACGAGACUGAAGUGCCGCGCUAUAUGAUCGAUGGCAUCUUUGAUAUGUACGAUUUCCUCGAGGCUUUUCUGGGCAAUCAGGACUAUUUGUGCGGCUCGACCUUGACCUUGGCUGACUUCAGUUGCAUCUCAUCGGUGGCCAGCCUGUUAGGCCUCGCACCCAUCGAAUCGAAACGUUAUCCGAAACUUAGCGCAUGGAUAGCGCGCAUGGAACAGCUGCCCGAUUAUCAGUCGAACAAUGGCAAUGGCGCACAAAUGUUAAUAGAUCUGUUUACCGCUAAGAUCAAAAAGAUCGUUUAGAGAGAGAUUUUAAAUGACAUAAA